UAAUAUAGAUUUUCGCUGGAACGUUGAUAGUGUAAAAACGUACCCGAUUGUGGAUUAUAUCAAGAGUGAAAUAAAUAGAAAUUGUUUCUAAAAACCGAAUUAAAUAAUUAAUUUAGCAAAUAUGGAGUUAAACGAUGUGAUUGUAAACCAGCCCGUCGUAAUUGAUAAUGGUUCCGGAGUGAUCAAAGCCGGUUUUGCUGGCGAUCAGAUCCCAAAAUGCAGGUUCCCAAACUACAUCGGACGACCGAAGCAUGUGAGAGUGAUGGCCGGAGCGUUAGAAGGGGAACUCUUUGUCGGACCGAGGGCUGAAGAGCAUCGAGGACUCCUCAGCAUCAAGUAUCCGAUGGAACAUGGCAUCGUUACCGACUGGAACGAUAUGGAGAGAGUGUGGAACUACAUUUAUAGUAAGGAUCAACUAUCAACGUUCUCCGAGGAGCAUCCAGUGUUGCUGACCGAGGCUCCCUUGAACCCUCGGCGGAACAGGGAGAAGGCUGCUGAAGUAUUCUUCGAGACCUUCAACGUGCCAGCUUUGUUCCUGUCCAUGCAGGCUGUGCUUAGCUUAUAUGCAACGGGCCGCACGACAGGAGUGGUGUUGGACUCUGGUGACGGGGUCACCCACUCCGUCCCCAUCUACGAGGGGUUCGCGAUGCCACACAGCAUCAUGCGGGUCGAUGUCGCCGGCAGAGACGUCACCAGAUACCUCAGACUACUACUCCGUAAAGAGGGCGUGAACCUCCGCACGUCCGCUGAGCUGGAGAUAGUGAAGUCGAUCAAAGAGAGGGCCUGCUACCUCUCACCGAACCCUCUCAAAGAGGAAACUCUGGAAACUGAGAGGGCGCAGUAUACACUCCCUGAUGGUACCGGAUUGGAGAUCGGUCCGGCUCGCUUCCGCGCUCCCGAGGUUCUAUUCCGGCCUGAUCUCAUCGGUGAAGAAAGCGAAGGUUUACACGAAGUCUUAAUGUUCGCUAUACAGAAGUCUGAUAUGGAUUUGCGCAAAGUGUUAUAUCAGAAUAUAGUGCUUAGCGGAGGUAGUACCCUCUUCAGAGGAUUCGGAGAUCGCCUCCUAGCUGAGAUCAGGAGACUGGCGCCUAAAGACAUGAAGAUUAGGAUCUCAGCACCUCAAGAGCGUCUCUACUCCACAUGGAUAGGGGGUUCGAUUCUCGCUUCACUCGAUACAUUCCGUAAAAUGUGGGUGUCGAAAAGAGAGUAUGACGAGGAAGGGCACAGGGCUGUUCAUCGCAAGACAUUCUAAUUUAUUUUAUAUAUAUAUAUAAUUAUGUAGAGUGCUCUAAAAGUAUCUGCCACGGCUUUAAUGGGAGGUAGUGUUGUUUGAAGAUUACAAUAGUGAAGAAAUUUCGUACCCCGGACCAGUUAAUUCGAUUUGAGAACAUAAAGCGGCGAGGCGUCACCGUUUCAUGGUAGAUAUCCCACCCACUCGCACGAAGCGUUUCGCUUCAAGCUUCCUUGUGCGAACUGCUAGGGAGUGGAACUCCUUGCCGGAGUCUGUGUUUCCUGAUGGGUAUAACCUGGGUGUCUUCAAAGCCCGAGUGAAUAGGUUGCUUAUGGACAGACGUGCUCCAUCGUAGGCCGCAUCAUCACUUACCAUCAGGCGAGAUAGCGGCCAAACGUCGACCCAUUUAACGUAAAAAAAUAAAAUAAAGAAGUUAAAUAAACAUUGACUCUACUCUGUAUAAAGUGGUUCACAAAUACGCACGAUGCGACAGAGACAGUGAAAGAGAUAGCUCUUUCAUAACAAACUCAUACGUAGAUUUCUUGUAUGAAAAAAUUAAUAAUCAAUAAUUUACAUUCACUAUUGUAAUCUUCAAACACAACACUACCUCCCAUUAAAACCGUGGCAGAUACUUUUAGAACAUCUUAUUUACUGUAAUAGUCUUACCGUACUCAGAGUCAUUUAAUGAUUACUCAAACUAUUACUACGACGUCCUGCGCGAGCGAUCUAGACCAAACCUAUCGAUCGAUAGCCGAUAGAUACAAUCUGUCGAUGGUGGAAUAGAUUGGUCGAUGUCGAUCGAUAGAUUCCAGUCGAUCGAUUGGUAAUUCGACCGGCAUCCGUAGAUCAAUUAAAGCUACCACACCAAUCGAUAAAUGUCGAUCGAUGGCAUCGAUGGACUAUCGGUCGACUAACCAAUCGAUCGAUUGUCGGUCGAUGGCAUCGGUCGACGUAGAUUGAUUAUAUUCCGGCCGGAAACUAUCGAUCGACAUCGACCAAUCCAUUCCACCAUCGACAGAUAGUAUCUAUCGGCUAUCGAUCGAUUGGUGUAGUAGAAACUAUCGAUCGACAUCGACCAAUCCAUUCCACCAUCGACAGAUAGUAUCUAUCGGCUAUCGAUCGAUUGGUGUAGUAGAAACUAUCGAUCGACGUCGACUAAUCCAUUCUACCAUCGAUCGACGAUCGCUCGAUUGGUGUGGUAACACCCUUAGGUUCGAUUUCUGAGUUGUGUUAAUGUGAAUUUUCGUUUAGUAAAUUCUCAGUAUUUGCUGCGAAACGUGUGCUCGAUCAGAUAUUUGGUUGUAAAUGGACUCAUAAUCAGUGAUAGAAAUAGGUAAUGCUUAUUAGCCUAAACUUUGAACAGAGAAAAGAAACGGGGACCUUAGUGCUAUAUGUUUUCCGGACGUCUCCUUAAAUCAUGUUAAGAAAUACUAUAAAUAUACCUACAAAUAUUACAACAAUAUUCUCUGUGUUUUAUUUUUCUUUUACCGUUUUAGUUUUUUAUAUAAACUAGUUUAGAAAAGUUGAUAGUUGUAACGACUGUGUUAUAUUAUGUCUAUUCGCAAACUUUAGGUAAACAACACGAAUUUAUUUCAAAUUACAUUUUUAUGUAUUUAAGUGUUGUCCGGGAAUAAUAUAGUACUAAGGAAGUCUCCGUUUCUUUUCUUCAAAGUUUAGGCUAAUAAGCACUACCUAUUCCUAUCACUGCUCACACACAUAACUGGGUGUAAUGUGGGUGUUACAUUGUAUAUAUGUGCACCUCUGCCUACCCCUUUGGGGGUUAAAAGAUGUUAUGUCAUGAUUCUAACAUCUACAGAAUAUUAUUAUGUUAUCGGCUUACUCACGUAAAUGUUUGACGAGGAACUCGACUAGUUUCAAGCCACAGUAGCAGCGCGACAAUCGCCGCGUCGUGUGUCGCGGAAUGCUGCUCAUGAAUAUGAGCCUCUAGCAUGGCUUGAAACUAAUCGAGUUCCUCGUCAAACAGUUACGUGAGUAAGCCGAUAACAUAAUAAUUAAUUUAGUAUGUUUCACGAAAGCUAUAAUAAAACUACAGAAUAUUAAAAAUGUUAUUUAUUUUGCAUUUAAUAAUGUUUAAAAACGGUAUUUUUUGUUUAUGCUUAAUACCGGAAAACGCAGUUGUAACGCCUCUGGUGUUUCAAGUGUCCAUGGGCGACGGCGAUUGCUUACCAUCAGGUGAUCCGUCUGCUCGUUUACCGGCUUAUACCAUUUAAAAAUCUAGCUUCACCCAGCGGCUUUGCCCGCGUCCCUGUGGAAUAAAAAGUAUCCUAUUUGUUAUUCCAGACCAUAAUCUACCCCUGUUCCAAAUUUCAUCUUGAUCCCUUCAGCUGUUUUGAUGUGAUUGAGUAACAAACUAAUUCAACUUUCGCAUAAACAAAAAUAUAGUUUAUAAAAUGUAUUAUAAAUAAAAAAAACACUUAAUGAACUAUCACGCUUUAAAAUGGUAGAUAGGUAGUAAUAUUGCUUUUUAUAUAAAAAUCUAAAUAAAAUAUUAUAAUAUACUUAUAAACAACAGUGUCGUGUAGUGUAGAGAUUGUCCAGUCAACUGAUGGUAGCGAGGUUCACUGUCCAGUGACACACGUACGCUGGUAUCGUCAUGAGCUAAUGUCGACAUGUAAACAGUGACUCGUGUAGUGUAGAGAUUGUCCAGUCAACUGAUGGUAGCGAGGUUCACUGUCCAGUGACACACGUACGCUGGUAUCGUCAUGAGCUAAUGUCGACAUGUAAACAGUGACUCGUGUAGUGUAGAGAUUGUCCAGUCAACUGAUGGUAGCGAGGUUCACUGUCCAGUGACACACGUACGCUGGUAUCGUCAUGAGCUAAUGUCGACAUGUAAACAGUGACUCGUGUAGUGUAGAGAUUGUCCAGUCAACUGAUGGUAGCGAGGUUCACUGUCCAGUGACACACGUACGCUGGUAUCGUCAUGAGCUAAUGUCGACAUGUAAACAGUGACUCGUGUAGUGUAGAGAUUGUCCAGUCAACUGAUGGUAGCGAGGUUCACUGUCCAGUGACACACGUACGCUGGUAUCGUCAUGAGCUAAUGUCGACAUGUAAACAGUGACUCGUGUAGUGUAGAGAUUGUCCAGUCAACUGAUGGUAGCGAGGUUCACUGUCCAGUGACACACGUACGCUGGUAUCGUCAUGAGCUAAUGUCGACAUGUAAACAGUGUCUCGUGUAGUGUAGAGAUUGUCCAGUCAACUGAUGGUAGCGAGGUUCACUGUCCAGUGACACACGUACGCUGGUAUCGUCAUGAGCUAAUGUCGACAUGUAAACAGUGACUCGUGUAGUGUAGAGAUUGUCCAGUCAACUGAUGGUAGCGAGGUUCACUGUCCAGUGACACACGUACGCUGGUAUCGUCAUGAGCUAAUGUCGACAUGUAAACAGUGACUCGUGUAGUGUAGAGAUUGUCCAGUCAACUGAUGGUAGCGAGGUUCACUGUCCAGUGACACACGUACGCUGGUAUCGUCAUGAGCUAAUGUCGACAUGUAAACAGUGACUCGUGUAGUGUAGAGAUUGUCCAGUCAACUGAUGGUAGCGAGGUUCACUGUCCAGUGACACACGUACGCUGGUAUCGUCAUGAGCUAAUGUCGAUAUAUGUAAACAGUGACUCGUGUAGUGUAGAGAUUGUCCAGUCAACUGAUGGUAGCGAGGUUCACUGUCCAGUGACACACGUACGCUGGUAUCGUCAUGAGCUAAUGUCGACAUGUAAACAGUGACUCGUGUAGUGUAGAGAUUGUCCAGUCAACUGAUGGUAGCGAGGUUCACUGUCCAGUGACACACGUACGCUGGUAUCGUCAUGAGCUAAUGUCGACAUGUAAACAGUGACUCGUGUAGUGUAGAGAUUGUCCAGUCAACUGAUGGUAGCGAGGUUCACUGUCCAGUGACACACGUACGCUGGUAUCGUCAUGAGCUAAUGUCGACAUGUAAACAGUGACUCGUGUAGUGUAGAGAUUGUCCAGUCAACUGAUGGUAGCGAGGUUCACUGUCCAGUGACACACGUACGCUGGUAUCGUCAUGAGCUAAUGUCGACAUGUAAACAGUGACUCGUGUAGUGUAGAGAUUGUCCAGUCAACUGAUGGUAGCGAGGUUCACUGUCCAGUGACACACGUACGCUGGUAUCGUCAUGAGCUAAUGUCGACAUGUAAACAGUGACUCGUGUAGUGUAGAGAUUGUCCAGUCAACUGAUGGUAGCGAGGUUCACUGUCCAGUGACACACGUACGCUGGUAUCGUCAUGAGCUAAUGUCGACAUGUAAACAGUGACUCGUGUAGUGUAGAGAUUGUCCAGUCAACUGAUGGUAGCGAGGUUCACUGUCCAGUGACACACGUACGCUGGUAUCGUCAUGAGCUAAUGUCGACAUGUAAACAGUGACUCGUGUAGUGUAGAUAUUGUCCCGUCAACUGAUGGUAGCGAGGUUCACUGUCCAGUGACACACGUACGCUGGUAUCGUCAUGAGCUAAUGUCGACAUGUAAACAGUAGCUCAUGAGGUGUAGACGGUCUAGUCAGCUAAUCAACUAAAUAGUUGCUUUCAACUAUCGCGCAACUAAAUACCUAUUAUGUAUACAUUUUUAUUUUGUAGUAUUUUAGUACUGAGUUGUUAUUUAGUAUACAGGUAAGAAAAUAAAGCUAGAUUCAGUACAGAGACAGUAGCUAUUGUUAUACUAAAUUGUACGCUUUGUAACGAAGCCAUAUCUUUUGUAACUCAGUCGGCGCUAGACAACCAAUGGUUGCUGUCUCUGUACUGAAUCUAUCUUUAUUUUCUUACUUAUAUAACUAAAUAACUUUGGCUGACUGUAUGUAUAUAAUAAUACUGUAUAAAUGUACGUAUGUAUGUAUGUGUAGGUCAAUUUGUAAAUCUCAAAUACAAGACAAUUACGUAGUUAAGUUUAAUUAUGUUAAUGAUAACAAAAAUCUUUAUAUUAUAUGUGAAUUAAAGAAUACGUUCAUUAUU